AUGCCCAUGGAUGACGCCAAGCAGGCAGUUGCGCCAACGGACGUGUCCCUGAGGCUUUUGGUUCCUGCCUCCCGAACAGGGAGCAUAAUUGGAAAGGGCGGUGAAUACAUCCAAGGCCUGCGCCAAUCCACUGGCGCCAAAAUCAAGAUCGCCAACACAAUGCCGGGUUGUGACGAGAGAGCUGUGCACAUUACCUCCCCAGACAGCAACGAGGAGCUUGUGCCAGCACAAGACGCCCUCCUGAAGUUGUUGGAUCGCAUCUUCACUGAUGAGGUCGAUGAGGAGGGCGAAGAGGUGAAGGUUAUGGUGCGUCUGCUUGUGGACAGCUCACAAGUUGGCCCACUGCUUGGCAAAGGGGGGAGUGUUAUCAAUGAGAUGCGCAGCAGGUCUGGGGGACAGAUCAGGGUCAUCCAGGGUGCCACAGAUCUGCCCAUCUUCAGGGGACCGACAGACCAGUUGGUGCAGAUCACAGGGGAAUUCGUGAAAGUGAGGGCAGCACUGGAGCUCGUGUCCCAGCGCCUCCGAGAGAACCCACCUCGCAUGCGUCCAGGCACGCACCCUACUUGCUCGUACCCACGGCCGUUGGGUAGCAUGGGCAUGCUGUUCCCCAUACCACCGGGACUCAUGGCCGUGAUUCAGGCGAGCGCUGGUGUCCUGCUGGGCUUCAACGGACUGGUGGAGGCACAGUACAGGAUCUUUGUGCCAGACACAAAGAUUGGGUGCAUUAUUGGGAAGGGAGGCGAUGUGAUUCGCCAAAUCCGGGAGGAAACCAAAGCGAGAGUGAUCGUCUUCAACCAGGUGGAGGGCUCUGAAUCCCGGGUUGUUAUGUGCCGCUCGAUGGAUGAAGCCCCUACGCUCCUGUGCUCUGCUCAGGAGGCCCUUUGCAGAAGCCUGUACACUUUGAUCCUUGAAGAGGACCGUGCUCAAGGGGGCCAGCACACUGUCAGGAUGCUGGUGCCCUCUGACCAGGUUGGAGCCGUGCUGGGCAAGAAGGGCACUGUCAUCAAGCAAAUCCAGAUGGAGACUGGCGCCAAACUGGUAGUGCAGAAUGAGGACAUGCCAGCAUGUGCACAGGAAGGGGACGAGUUGUUGGAGAUCCGUGGCAGGGCCCAGAGUGUGAUGCAGGCUGUGCAAGCCUGCUGUGCUCUCAUGCGGAUCAACAUGGCACGGUCCCAAGCCAAGGCUGCAUCGGCAGCCAUGGGCGUUGCCUCGAGCCUUCCUGACCACAGUGGCCCUGUGCACCCAGCCCUUGCCAUGAGGAUGCACCCUGGCCACAUGGCUGUGCCGAUGCCCCCGAUCGGACCCAUGGGCAUGAUGGGGCCCCAUCCCCGGUCGAUGCCGAUGGGCAUGCCCCACUUUGGGGGGCCUCCAAUGGUUGCCAGCCAGCCUCCUCAUGCAGGUGGUCUUGUUUUGUUCAAUGGCACUGGCGGGCAUGGCGGCCACAUGGCCAUGCGCAUGGCCAUGAACCCUGUACUGGGUGGUCCUGUGAUUGGCACUGGUGGCCACAACAUGGGUCCGAUGAGGCAAAUGUGGCCAGAAUUCUGGCGCCCUGCUCAGACUGUAUGA